UUUUAUUUCUCCCAAUUCCGUCAGCAUUUGCGAUCUCAACCCUCGACGGUUUCACCGGCGCCAAUAUCAACUCCCAUCUCUUCCAAAAGGGAGUUAAGUGGGGAGAGGAGGGUGGGAGGCACGACAGCGCGGCGAGGAGGCUUAGUUCUCGAUCCUCCUCUUUCCCCUCUUCUUUUUCUUCUUCUUCCCUGCCCAUAACUUCACGCUAGAAUCGCAAAUUUGGAUCUUGCUGGAAGCUGCUUUCGGAUCUUCUCGCUGACGCCGGUUGCUGAGAUGCUGGAGAAUAAUUCCGAAAACCUCAAGCGCUUUGGUCCUCCUCCUCAAAGGAAUCGCUCUCUUAACCGGCGGAAAUCGGGAGAUAGAUUUGAAAAAGUAAACUACUCUUAUGGGAUUGAUGGAGACAAGAGCCAAUCUUCUGUUGCAAGAAACUUUUCUAGCGUAGACCAUGGGGAUACUGGAAGCAGCUAUAUUCAAAAUGAAAGCAUUCAUAUAGGAUUAGUAGCUCUUGAUGGGUGCUCUACUAGUGACGCUGCGCAACUUCUAAAUGAGCGUUGGGCGGCUACAAUGCACAGCUACAAUGAUCAAUCUGUUGAUCUAUCUGGCUUCUAUGACAAUUCCUUCUGCUUUCACUUUUGGCAUUGGAGUUUUGUUAUUAUUCAGACGGUUUGGGUCUGCUACCUUUUCCUACAAGAGGCCAAUAAUGUACACAGGAGCCAGCGGGGCAACCUGGGGACAUCUGAAGCUACCUCACCAGAUGGAUUUCGCUGCUGAACUACGCCGUGCAAUUCACAAUGCUCAGUCCAAUGUAACACCGAUUUCCGGAGGUCACAGCUAAUUGGAUGGAUUUUUGUUAUAAUUUGGAAGUUCCAGAGCUAUGGAUAUGUACUAUUGCGAACAAAAUACGUCCUAGCUCUAGUAAGUACUGCAAUCUUUACUGUAUUAAUAACUUGGGAAGAAAGCCAGAGGGAAAACCUUUUAUGUUGCAUAGAUUAUUUACUAUAUGAAACUUUUCCUUGACUAUUCUAUUGCAUUCAAUUUGAUUCUCUUUUGAAUA